UGGCCACAAUCAUUUCAACCUUCUCUCUCUAAUCUCUCUCAUUUAUAUUUCUUACUUUCUAUCAAAUAAAUAAAAUAAAUCCCCUUGGCAUUUAAUUUCCGUAAUCAGCUAAUAUUUCAUUAAUCUUUGAUUUAGCCAAUCGCAUGUAAUCAUCAUCGCCCUUGAUAUCAUUAUAAAUCUGACCUGCCGACUCCUUUCUCUUCAUUUUAGGGUUCCAGAACAAGUUAAUUAAUUGAUUUUCAACCAAUUUUUUUUUCUGUGCUCAUUUUUUCGUCACCAGGAGCUAUACUUUCAAGGCAAUCUGGCUUACAAGAGGCACCUGUCUCUUACAUGCAUAGUCGGAUUUGCGCUGUUCUUACAGUUGCAGAAGAUUUUCUUUCAGUCUGGCAGCUACAACAUCAUCUGAGGUUUCUCACACCUCUUACCAGGUGUGGGGCGCUAAUGAGAGUGUGAUUCUUUUGUGUGUUUUGAGGAGAUCAAGAUCAUCACAUGUAUGGAGAUUAUGCCGCACUUUAGAGGGUUUGUCUGUUGAUUAUGGCUAAGGUUUGCCUCAGUUUAGCCCGAGAAAGUGUUGCUGCUGUCUGUGAUUUGUUUUUUCAUAGUUGUUCAGACAAUGUUUGUUAGGAGAAUAGCCGUACUCGUUCGCCAGUUACCUUAAAUAUUGCAAUAAGAUUAGAUCUGAUGUGAACCAAUUGUGUCGUUUCGGAAAGAUGGUUAGAUUUUCAUGCUUUCAAGCUCACAUACUUACCCACCACCACAAAAAUAAGAGAACCGUUCAGCACUCUAGCGAAGCAAUGCAGAAGACUUUCGAAGAUAAAAUUUCUAGUUUAACAUCGGAAAAUAAGCCGUGCUUGAAAAAAGAGGGAGACAUGCAUAGUAAUAUUACCGAUCACGCGACUGAUUACUCUCCUAGUGAACAUGGUUGCAGAUCUGAGGAAAUCGAGGGCAAAUACAGUUCCGAUGGUGAUAUUAUUGUGCGCAAGAAUUCACUGAUUAAAAAAAGCCAAUCUAUGGGGAGUUGUUUGAAUUUGGAAGAGAGAUCCUCUGAUGCUGAUGGCUCGGAAGAUGUAACGGAGCAGAGAUUUUCUUACAAUGGAUCUGCGAAUAACAGCAGGGUAAAUGUUCAAGAUGGCGUCAAUAGUCAAGAACCAAUGCCCUCUAAUUCAGUUCAAGCUGGUUCCGAUUUUGCCAAGAAUAUAUCCAUAUUUUCUAUCGGAGAACCCCAACAAACCGAAAAAGAAGAUUCUGAUAAAGAUGAUACAUAUUUAUCGGGGGUGGUUGAUUCUGGUGAUAUUACUCCUCGUCCUGUUCUUGUGAAAUCAAGUUCUUUACCGAGGAUUGGGUCCCCUAACGGAAGCCCGACUUCCUUCUUAACACACGCAAGAUCUGCAGAUGAUCUGAAUACUUUAGAUUCUAUCAAGAAAGGCACAAAAGUAGGAAGACAAGCCCAAUUUGAAGAAGUAGAUACUUCAUUGUUCAACAACGAGAAGAACAUUAAUGGUGAAAUUCCUGCUGAUGGGGUUGACGAGACUUAUAACUAUCUCGGCUCAUCAAAAGACUGGAUAAUACCCGUGUCGAAUGGGGUAGACACAGGGAAAGGUAUACAAGAAGAAACUCCGUUUCACCAUUGGGAUGAAUUGCCAGCUAAGGAUUUUCGGUUAAAGCGCAUUCAAGAAUGGGUUGUCAACCUUCAGCACUGUGGCCCACUAGAGGAAUCUAACGAAUCUGCUCCGUACUAUGAUCAGGAGUUGUCAAAAGUCGAUCCUUUAUCAGAGGAAACCACCGCUCCAAAGACGGAAGUCAAAGUCAACCCCGGAAUGGAGGCAGCAAAGAGAUACAUCUCUUCUCUAAAUGCCUCGGCUACAGCAGCUCAGUUGACUAACCUUGGGUUGGUUGUGAUACCCUUUUUCAGUGCUUUUGUUAGCCUCAAAGCGCUCAAUCUAUCUGGAAAUGACAUAGUGAGGAUUGCUGCCGGUGCUCUCCCUCGAGGACUCCACAUUUUGAAUCUCUCAAAGAACAAUAUCUCCACUAUUGAAGGAUUGCGUGAUCUUACACGGCUCCGUGUGCUUGACCUUAGCUAUAAUCGGAUAUUAAGAAUUGGACAUGGUCUGGCGGCAUGUUCCUCACUCAAGGAGCUGUACUUGGCUGGUAACAAGAUAAGCGAGGUUGAAGGGCUCCACCGACUCCUAAAACUGAAUGUCCUCGAUUUGCGUUUCAACAAAAUCUCAACAACAAAAUGUCUGGGCCAAAUUGCAGCUAAUUACAAUUGCCUACAAGCAAUCAGCUUGGAAGGAAACCCUGCCCAGAAGAAUGUAGGAGACGAGCAGUUGAAGAAAUACGUGCAAAGCCUUCUUCCAAACCUCACAUACUACAACAGACAAUCUGUUAAAGUUGGGUCAACAAAGGACACUUCAGAUCGGUCGGCUCGAUUAAGCAUCGGCUCUCAUCAAAUGGAUCGUGGCCAUCGAUUGGAAGCGAAGUCCACCAGAAAGGGGGCACAUGGGAUCGUAGCUCAGAAGGUAUCUUCUUCUUCAAACCAUGGCAGGAAAAGUCAAGCAGUGCUGGCUAACUUACCAAAGUCCAACAGGAGUAGGUCAGGGGGGCGACUGCCCCCCACUGGAAUGAAAACGGCAACUCAGGGACAUGAGCUUACCGACCUGAGUAAAAGGGUUCUGAGCCUGAGGAAUGAUUUCUCUUUCCCACGAAGCCGAAGUGAAGGCAAUCUUGGAGGCCUUUGAAGUCGAAUUAUGGUAUUUGAUGUUGGGAUAUUUUUAUGCAUCUUUAUUUUCGGAUUCGGUUUGUGUCGGUGUUUGUGUGUGUGUGGUGGUGUGCUCUCUUUAGUUAUUUGUUGGGGCUUGAUUUUGGCUUGAACUAUAUGGUGGAGACUCUUUGAUUUAUGUUUCCUUAAGUUUGGUUUGCUUGUUGAAUGGAAACUGUUGAUGAGUUUCAUCCUUGUCAUCUUUAUUUAAAUAUUUUCAAUUAUUAU